AUGGCUUCGCACUGGGUUCGCCGGUCAUUGCUUGGAGUCAUCAGUCUACUCUUAGCAUCAAACGCAUUAGCACAAGAAACCCCAACCGUGAAAGUCGUCAACGGCACCUAUAGCGGCAUCUAUAGUGCUGAAUUUUCUCAAGAUCAGUUCUUGGGCAUUCCAUUCGUACAGCCGCCUCUGGGAGACCUACGACUACAGAACCCACAGCCUUUAAACACAUCGUGGGACGGCGUCCGACCUGCUACCAGCUAUGGACCAAGCUGCUUCGGCCUCAACCAAUCCGAGGGCGCCUCGGAGGAUUGUCUUAAUCUGAAUAUCGUCAGACCUGCAGGGCUGUCCAAAGACGCAGGUCUAGCUGUUGCAGUCUGGAUCUACGGUGGUGGCUUCAGCUCUGGCUCGAACUCACAACCAACUUACAACCUCUCCAAUUUCGUUCAGCAAUCCCAAGAAAUGGGAACGCCCGUCAUUGCUGUAAGCGUCAACUACAGACUGCACUGCUGGGGAUACAUGUGGAGCAACGAGAUCAAAGAUGAAGGUGUUGCGAACCUCGGCUUCAAGGACCAACGGCUAGCACUACACUGGAUCCAAGAGAACAUUGGUGCGUUCGGCGGCGAUCCAUUAAAAGUCACAAUCUUCGGAGAGAGCGCCGGCGGCAACUCAGUCGGAACACAACUUAUCGCAUACGGCGGCCGCGACGACAAGCUCUUCAGGGCAGCAAUCAGUCAAAGCGGAGCUCCGUCGACCUAUUACCGCUACCAGACAGCCGAUGACUGGCAGCCGUUCUACGACGCAAUCGUCAAUGCUACAGGCUGCCAGGGAGCGCAGAACACACUAGCCUGUCUUCGAACCGUGGACACGGACACUCUCUAUGAGAUCUUCAACGACAACGACGUCGUCCCCGCGCGAACAUCGAUCUACUCCCAAGCCGGCCCCAAAUUCGUCCAGGUCAUCGACGGCGACUUCAUCGAAGAAAGCGCGACGGUCCAGCUGGCUAAAGGCAAGUUCGUCCACGUCCCAUACAUCCUCGGCGGCAACAAGGACGAAAGCACGACCUUCGCAGCCCGAGGCGUAAAUACUACUCAGGACUUUCUCGACCUCGUCAUCGGCCCCUGGGAAGUCUCCGAGAACGCCACAAGUAUCUUAGCGGCGCUGUAUCCCGACAUACCCGGCAUCGGAAGCCAGAAGUAA